AUGGAGUUGCAGAUGCAGAUGCAGAUGAGAGAAGUCCAUACAAACUAUUAUUCUUUGAGUAACAAAUCCGUGAGGCUAAGAGUACAGCAAUUUGCAUGUGGUCAAAGGGAGGGCCCCACCUGUCUGCCCGUAAUUCUGGGGUACAGGGAUAGCCAGCUGCUGCAUUGGGAAAGGAGGCAUGUGCACAAGAUGGGUCUGCAUCAAACCCCCAAGUUUACGUCUACAUAA